ACUUCCUUCUUCUCUCUCUCUUCCACUCUUGUUACCCUGUUAUCUCAUACUAUUCACUUUCUCAAAAUUCUCCUACUCUGUUCUUUCUUCAUCACACACGCACACUCUUCAUUUCUCAACCGCUUCAAUUCGACCAUUCAGAGUGGAAACUCACUGAAUUCAACCAACCUUAAUCAUGUGAGGAACCACUGUUGCACUUCUGUUUCAGAGAAUCCACCUAGAGAAAUGGAAUUUAGGGGGACAAUGUCUCAUUGGCUUCUAGCCCUAAAAUUAUACUGUACAUGAUUUUCGUGGGAGCUGACCAAAGAAAUUGAUGUUUUACCUUCAAAAUGAAUCAAAGAGACACCAAAAUGAGAAAGGUUUCUAAGCAAGCUAGUUCAGUCACUACAAAUUGCUGUGGGAAGAUAGCUGCUCCGAUUAAAACUCAUGGUAUUGGAAAAGGUCUGAUGACAGUGUGGCAGGCAACAAAUCCUGAUGCUGGGGAUUUUCCCGCCGGUACAAUUUUUGGUCGCCGAAAAUUUAUGGAUGUAUCUCCAGUUUCAACUUCUUCAUCUGAACAAUCAUUGCAGCAAAGAAAAUGGCCACCACGACAAGCUAAAGUGAAGGGAAGGCUGGGAUCCAAAGUACAGGGAAAGAGAAAGCCACUAAUAAAAACCAGACGGGUGGAACACAAUGGAGAAAAGAGUCAAGAGCAAUUAUGCCAUGAAAAUUGUGAACUUGCUUGGGAAGGAGUGAAAUCUCAAGGAUGCAUAGACCAAUUUGCUAUACUGGUAGAUGAUGAAGAGUUGGAGCUGAGAGAGUUGCAAGCAGGAAAACAUAUUAUGGGUUCUUGUGAUCACUUCAUGACAAAUGGUGUCAAUAGCUGCUCACUUUGUAAAGAUAUGCUGGCCAAGUUUCCUCCAAAUUCUGUGAAGAUGAAACAGCCAUUUGGCAUGCAACCUUGGGAUUCAUCUGUAGACAUCGUGAAGAAACUAUUCAAGGUCUUCAGUUUUCUUUGUACGUACGCUGUGACAUUAGGCACGUGCACCUUCACCCUUGAUGAGUUUGCUCAAGCAUUGCAUGACAAGAAUUCAUUCUUACUUGGAAAGAUUCACGUGGCCCUUCUCAAACUACUAUUUUGUGAUAUUGAGGCAGAACUUAGCAAUGCAUAUUUGACUCCUCUGAGCAAGUCUUGCAAAUUUCUUGCUUUAGUUCAUUCGCUUGGAAGUCAAGAAUUUGCUCUUGAGGUGUGGAAGAAAUCAUUGAACCCUUUAACAUGGACAGAAAUACUACGUCAAGUGUUGGUUGCAGCUGGUUUUUGUUCUAAGCAAGGUGCAUUGCAGAAAGAAACACUUUCUAAGGAAAGGGACCUUAUGUCUAAAUAUGGUGUGCAACGUGGAACUUUGAAGGGUGAAUUAUUUAUAAUUUUAUCAGAGAAAGGAAACAAUGGGAUCAAAGUUUCUGAUUUGACAAGGGAGUCAAAGAUUGUUGAUCUGAAUGUUGCUGGCACUACUGAAGAACUGGAGCGUCAAAUAUGUUCCACUUUGUCCAGUGAUAUAACUUUAUUUGAAAAGAUAUCUUCAUCUGCAUACCGUCUCCGGCCUAGUUCUGCUUCAAUGGAUGUUGAUGAAUGUCAGUCGGACACUGAUUUUGGAAGUGUAGAUGAUAUAGCAGCUAGUACAUCAAUAUGCAGCAGUAGUUAUGAUUCUGAAUGUGAUUCAGAAAAAUUGUGUUCUCAAAGAUUUAAGAUUCAGAAAUCCAAAAACGAAAAUCCGACUGUUUCCACAGAGAUUGAUGUAAGCCAUCCAGGUGAAGCAUGGCUGUUAGGACUGAUGGAAGAUGAAUAUUCAGGAUUAAGCGUUGAAGAGAAGUUGAAUGCAUUGGUGGCUUUAAUUGAUCUUCUUUCUUACGGAUCAAGUAUUAGGCCAAAGGGUACAUCUACAUCCUGUGGCAUUGUUGAUUAUGCUUCCAACACUCGACAUUAUGGUUCUGGAGCAAAAAUAAAGAAGUCUUCUGUCAGGGGACACAACCUGUCCAGGUCAUUCUUGACUAGUUCAGGACAGUUGUAUGGUGCAAGUGUCAGAUACGCUUCAUUGGAACAUCAUCCUAUCGAUUCGGCAACAGCAAUCUCAAAGUUUCAAGAGAAUUCAGCAGGUCAAGGAACGGGUGCAGACAAGAUGAAAAAUGCUAUUUACUUGCAUCCAAUGCAAUCUAUCUUUUUAGGUUCUGAUCGUAGGUACAACAGAUACUGGCUUUUUCUUGGUCCUUGUAAUGCAUCUGAUCCUGGUCAUAGGAGGGUUUAUUUUGAAUCUUCAGAGGAUGGCCAUUGGGAAGUGAUUGAUACAAAAGAGGCUUUGUGUGCCUUGUUAUCUGUGUUGGAUGAUAGAGGUAAGCGGGAAGCUUUCCUCAUUGAAUCUCUAGAGAACCGUAUGGCAUUUCUAUGUGAAGCCAUGAAAAAUAAUAGCACUAGGAAUCUUGUGAGCAGGAGCUUUACACAGUCUGAACAAUCCGAUACGGAUAGGAUUAGAGAAAGCAGUUAUUCUCCUGUGUCUGAUGUCGACAAUAGCCUAAAUCAAGCUGAGAUUACUGGUGAUCCGUUGCGUUUAAGUAGUGCUAUAGUUCUUGAAGCUAAAAGAAAGGGAGAAGCAGAAGAGCAAAGCUGGAGUCGUCUCCAGGCAUUUGAUUCAUGGGUGUGGAAUUUCUUCUACCAUGCACUUUAUGCUGUAAGGCAUGGUAGAAGGUCUUAUCAUGAUUCACUUGCUAGAUGUGAAAGUUGCCAUGAUUUGUAUUGGAGGGAUGAGAAACAUUGUAAAGUUUGCCAUAUUACCUUUGAGCUUGACCUCAACGUGGAGGAAAGAUAUACCAUUCAUAGGGCAACUUGUCGAGUAAAAGAGGAUGAUGAUGUAUUUCCAAAGCAUAAAGUUUUAUCAUCACAGUUCCAAGCAUUGAAAGCUGGAGUUCAUGCAAUCGAGUCUAUAAUGCCUGAGGGCACUAUGGUUGGAGCUUGGACUACAUCUGCUCAUAAGUUAUGGAUCAAACGGCUCAGGCGUACUUCCUCCAUGCCAGAACUUAUGCAGGUGGUUGCUGAUUUUGUUGGUGCCAUCAAUGAGGAUUGGUUCUAUGAUCUCGCAGAAGGUUCUUCAGUUGGUAUUCUAGAUACUUUAGCGUCUUUUGAGUCCUUACCCCAAACAACCUCUGCUCUUGCGUUCUGGUUGGUUAAAUUGGAUGCCUUCCUUAAUAGCUUUAUGUGCGGAAGGACCUGAAAAGCAGCUAGAAGCCGCCUGCAGAGGUAAAAAAAGUAGAGCCUGGAGAUAGUUGAUAAUCCCAACACACCAAGCCCUUGAAGAAUUUGUACAGGUUAAACCAAACCAUAUGUGAGCACUGGACCAAAACAUUUCAUAAUCUGUAGGCUAAGCGGGGUGUCGAUGGUUCCCGCUCAUCACAGGUUCAAUCUAUUUCAUUACAGAGAAGAUAGGGAAUAAACACAAAUAUGGUUACGAUCUAAUGUUCGAGGUAUUAUAAAACCAUAUAUGAGCACUGGUUAUCACUUGCAAUGGGAAGGAAGGCAAUAUCUCAUAUUAGGGCAAUUUAAGACAGAUUUUUGCUGCAGCUGUCUUGAGCAUUCAUUUAUAGAUUCAUUAAGUUUUGACAUUGCCUUGGCCCCAAACAAUGAGCAAAUUGUAGUGUUCAUGUGGCCAUAUCAUUGUAUGUAACACUCACCUCCAAUGAUGGAAAAUAUGGAGGUAAAGGAAUUUUGUCGAAUGUGUAUCUACCACUUGACUAGUGGAUCCUUCCUAAUAAGAUAACCAACAUGAUUCCCUCUAA